AUGACACGGCCUUCAACAUUGGCAACGAAAUGUCUAUGUGGCUAUGAUGCCGUUAUCAGUGAGGUGAAAAACUCGACUAAAAACCGUGGCAGGUGGUAUUGGAGGUGCUCGACCAAAACUUGCAACUUUUUCAAGUGGGACACGUCUGCAGGUCGAUAUACCCACCAUCCUGGAGAAGCGUACAUGAUGGCACAACCACACAAACGAUCCAGCAAUCCUUAUAUCAGCAAGUUUCAAUCAAACAAAACAACUGAACAGCCUCAACAUGCAAAAACCACCAUUGAAUUCAACUUGCACAGCUAUGACGAGAUCAGUAUUCGCAUCAACAACCUAAGCGAGACAGUAUUGACUACCAUCAGCAAAGUAGCAACAUGGAAUGAGGAUCUUGGACGUUGGAUGAUUCCUGCUACACUUCAAGGAUACUAUAAGGUUCUACGCGUUUUGCCGGUAGCUACACCCAAUCUCAAUCUCGAAGUAACCAAGGUGUCAAAUGCAUUGGAAGCAGCGCUCACUGAGACAUGCAAAACACAUGAUACGCUUGAUAUCCAAGAGACCCAAAUGGAGGAAUGGAUCGCUCUUGCCAAGAAUCGUCAUCCAGCAUUUUGGCGUAAGCUAAAGCCAUUUCAGCUACAAGCGAUACGUACAGCCGUACGCCGUCAAGGUCGAAUACUUUUGGCAGACGCACCUGGAAUGGGGAAAACAAUGCAAGCCUUGGGCAUCAUGGCUGUAUACAAAGACGAUCGGCCUGUAUUGAUCCUAUGUCAACCCAAUGAACAAGCAAAAUGGAUACACCACUUGACCACUCAUCUUGGUGUGAAUCGACGAGACAUCAAACCAGUAUUUGAAAAGCAAAAGAGAGCAACAAAACGCAAAAGAAAGGCAACAUCCAAAUCAACACGACAACGUAAAGGACAAAAGAAAAUCAACUUUCCAACAGCACCUGAAGAUCAUGACGAUGAGGACGACAGUGAUAGCAACGAUGAUAAUGAUGAUACGUCGUCGCAACCACCACCACUUGAUCCUAUUGAUGAAGAAGACAUGAAACAACCAUUGGACUUUUAUUCCAACCAUCAAUUUUAUAUCAUACCUUAUGAGCACGCAUCCAAAUUGCACAAAACGAUUAUCUCUCGACGUUUCACGUUUAUUGUAUGCGAUGACAGCUACUAUCUCAAAGACCGCAUGUUGCCUCGGGUACGAAAUUUGAUACCGGCUUUGCAGAAUACGGAUCGACUGGUGACCAUAUGGAAUGAUCCUGAUACACGCCAUCCUAUGGCGCUUUUUUCGCAUUUCACAGCCAUUCGCAAAGACAUUUUCAGUGAAUUCCAAAAAUACGGCAAACUUUACUGCAAUGCAAAGCACCAAGUAUUUGGUUGGGAUUAUUCAGGCAUCAGCAAGGAAACUGAAUUCAAGUACAUCCUCGACAAUCUCAUUUGGAUACGUCGAACGAAUGAUGAUAUUGCACCCACCGAGCGGAUUUUUCCCUAA